GCUCCAUGUAUUAUUAUUGUUUUUGUCCGGGCUCUGGCUGAACGUCACUUCCUGUUUGUGGCCGUGUGAAGAGCCGCUCGAUCCAUCCCGGAAGCGGCACGCAUGCGCACACUGAUACAUUUCUGCACGUUGCCUCCACCACAGACACAACACGAUUUCGGUGCUGUGCAGUUGUGUGUUUGUGACUGAUCGUCUGAUCCUGUAAUCCAGCUCUCCCCUCCCCAACCUCCCUGACCCCUCCCUAAACCCCACACACAUCCCACACACUUACACACACACACUCACACACAUACACACACACACCCACACACGCAGCAUGAAUGAGGUUAGCGUGGUGAGAGAGGGCUGGCUCCAAAAGAGAGGUGAAUACAUUAAGACGUGGAGGCCUCGUUAUUUUAUCCUGAAGAGCGAUGGAUCGUUUAUUGGCUAUAAGGAAAAGCCGGAGAUGGCCGACCCCAGCCAGCCUCCGCUCAACAACUUCUCAGUAGCAGAAUGCCAACUGAUGAAGACUGAAAGACCACGGCCAAACACCUUUGUCAUUCGCUGCCUGCAGUGGACGACGGUCAUUGAGCGCACCUUCCACGUGGACAGCAAUGCUGAGAGAGAAGAGUGGAUCCGGGCGAUUCAGGCAGUGGCCAAUGGCCUGAAGACUCGUGAAGAAGAAGAGCCAAUGGACAUCAACUUCGGUUCCCCUGGAGACAACAGCCUGGAAAGCAUGGAAUUGGCAAUUGCCAAAUCACGCACCAAAGUGACGAUGAAUGACUUUGACUAUCUAAAGCUGCUGGGAAAAGGCACGUUUGGGAAGGUCAUUCUGGUGAGAGAAAAAGCCACUGGCAUGCAUUACGCCAUGAAGAUCCUGCGCAAGGAGGUCAUCAUUGCCAAGGACGAGGUGGCGCACACAGUGACAGAAAGCAGAGUUCUGCAGAACACGCGGCAUCCCUUCCUCACGACACUAAAGUAUGCCUUCCAGACAUCCGACCGCCUCUGCUUUGUGAUGGAGUAUGCAAAUGGUGGCGAGCUGUUCUUUCACUUGUCACGAGAGCGCGUGUUCACCGAGGACAGAGCGCGGUUUUACGGAGCUGAGAUCGUUUCUGCGCUGGAGUACCUGCACUCCCGAGACGUCGUCUACAGGGACCUUAAGCUGGAAAAUCUAAUGCUGGACAAAGAUGGCCAUAUUAAAAUCACAGAUUUCGGCCUGUGUAAGGAGGGCAUCACCAAUGAAGCCACGAUGAAGACGUUCUGUGGUACCCCGGAGUACCUGGCUCCAGAGGUGCUGGAGGAUAAUGAUUACGGUCGUGCUGUGGACUGGUGGGGUCUGGGCGUGGUGAUGUAUGAGAUGAUGUGUGGUCGGCUGCCCUUCUACAAUCAGGACCAUGAGCGUCUGUUUGAGCUGAUCCUAAUGGAGGAGAUACGUUUCCCUCGGAAUCUCUCACCUGAGGCUAAGUCCCUGCUGGCUGGAUUGCUCAAGAAAGACCCCAAACAGAGGCUGGGAGGAAGCUCUGAUGAUGCCAAAGAAGUGAUGAGCCACAAGUUCUUCUCCUUGAUUAACUGGCAGGAUGUGCUGCAGAAGAAGCUCAUCCCUCCAUUCAAGCCUCAAGUGACCUCAGAAACUGACACGCGUUACUUUGACGAAGAGUUCACUCUGCAGAGCAUCACAGUUACACCUCCUGACCAGUAUGACAGUUUGGAUGCUGAAGAUUCGGAAACGCGCACACACUUCCCCCAGUUCUCUUAUUCUGCCAGCGUCCGAGAGUGAUGGACACACCCUCCUGCGCUCUCACACACACACUCACACACACACACACGCACUCUCUCUCCCCCCCAGACCAGCAGACCGGACACCCUCUGCAGCAAAUCACACUCUCACACACUCACACAAUCUCAUGCUGUCAUACACUCUCUCUCUCUCUCUCACACACACACACACACACACACACACACACACACACACACUUACACACUUGGACCAGCAAUAUCGGCCUGUUUGUUUUGGGGGGUUUUGCAGGUGAACAGACGGACACCAACACACACAAACACACACGCAGUCAUACACACUCGUUCUGAUUGGUCCUCCUACCUGCAGUCACACUACACUCUGCUCUGCGCCUGCUGCUGCGAUUACCCCGGUCGCAGGCGUCGCAAUGGUAACAGGUUAAACCCCUCAGAACCAGCAGGAGGUGCUGAAGUCCUCUGCGCCGCUGUCUGGAUCGCCCUGCGGGGGAAGAGAACGCAGAACAUUACACUUCUGAUUGUUACAGGUUUUAUUUUGUUUUUGCUUUUUUUGGUUUUGUAAAGAUAAAAACACACGAAGCCAUAUCUGCGACUUUUAUAAGUGCUCUUCACGCCGGAGCGGCAGUGUGUGCUACUGUUCCUGAAGCUGGAGUGAGAGAACCGAGCAUGCACACACACCCUUACUGCUGAAGAAGGAGGGGGGAGGGGUUAUAUACAGGAUAAAGAGUGUAUGUCUCUGUGUGUGUGUGUGUGUGUGUGUGUGUGUGUGUGUGUGUGUGUGUGUGUGUGUGUGUGUUAGUGAAAACGAGAGAGUAAGCACACUGAAUGUGAUUGUUGUGUCCCUCUAUGUGGGUGGGUAUGUAUGUGUGUGUAUGUACGUAGGUGUGUGUGCUGGUUCUGUAAAUGGGCACACAGGAGGAGGGCCUUUGGGAGGUGCAGUAGUAGUGUAAAGGGAAGAACUAGAACUAGAACCUGCAGUUCCUUUAUCACCACCAGCUUGUAACCUUCAUCAAACUUCAUCAGAGCCUUAAUCAGAAACACCAGAACCGUCUCCAUCAAAACCAUCAGACUUUUUAUUAGAAACAGAGCCUUCUUCACCAGAACCUUCUUCACCAGAAACACCAGAACCAUCUCCAUCAGAACCAUCAGACAUUAGAAAUAGAGCCUUCUUCACCAGAACCUUCACCAGAACCGUAUCCAUCAAAACCAUCCGACAUUUUAUUAGAAACAAAGCCUUCUUCACCAGAACCGUCUCCAUCAGAACCCUGUAUUGAGAAUCAUCAGUGUGUUGUACAAACUUUCACUUUCCUGUGGAUCACCUGUACAGGUUUGGAGGCACUGAUUGAUGUAAAAAGAUUUUUUUAAGUUUGACUAUUUGAACGUCCCCUUAUUUAACAGGCAGUCUCUCUUUUUCAUUCUCUCUUUCAUUCUCUCUUUCAUUCUCUCUUUCUUUCUCUCUUUCUUUCUCUCUCUCUCUCUUUCUCUCUCUCUCGUGUGUAGUGAUUAAUGUGGGUUAGACAGUGUGGAGAGGUGAGUGAGUUGCAGGUGUGUGUGUGUGUAACGGUGAUGUUCUAUGUUUCGCCUGCCGUCAGAUCACACUGCUCACUGGAGUGAGAUUGUUUUUAGUUUUAUUUUUGUUUUUGUUUCAUUUUGUUUUUUGUUUUUUUGUUUGUUUCUUUUUGAGUCUUGCCUUUUUUCAAGAUGCGUCAUAAAACGGACAUCAGAUCUUUUUUUUUUUAUCAGUGCGCUCCUCCCCCUCUGUUCACCCACUUCCUGAAAUUGUCUUGAUGAAAUAUAUAAAUAUAUAUAUAUAUAAAUAUAUAUAUUACAAUA